GUACUUGUAUUUUGAACAAUUGAACUAAUUCGAGAAUGUAAUAAUUCAAUAAAGGAUUUUUAUAAGUAUGCAAGAUAAAAAGCUUCAUUCGAGUACAACAGUUGGAAUAUUACCGAUGAAAUUCUCAGUAUUCGUUUCAAUGUAAGUAGGUGUAAGUCAACCAAAAAUAGUAACAAUGCCUAAUACGAAUUUUUUUUACUGUAUAAUUUUCGCGACUCAGGUUUUCAUUACAGCAUCGUUAUCCUCGAAGCUAAAUUCGAGAAAAAUUUUCGACGAUUUUGAAAUUGAAUACCCACCUAGUAAUGAUGGGAGUUCUGAUCCUAAGUAUGAAACAAAUAGUAAUAGCGCACAAUUCGGCGAUCAGUUCUUUUUGCAGAAAUUGGAUCAUUCUAGGCCUACUGAUAACAGAACAUGGCAUCAACGUUACUUUGUGAACGACUUUUACUACGAAGAUGACGGGCCGGUAUUUCUAUUCGUUUACGGUGAAUCCGAAGCAAAUCCCAAAUGGAUGGGUAAAGGUCCUCAAUGGACAGCAUAUGCGAAGAAAUUUAAUGCUCUGUGUUUCGGUCUAGAACAUAGAUUUUAUGGACAGAGCAGACCAAAAGAGUCAAGUGGAAUGCGAAAUGCGAUAGUAAAUUCAUUCCCAUUUUUUUCCUCUCGUAGAAAUACCAACACGAGUAAUUUGCAAUACUUGACGACUGAGCAGGUUCUUGCUGAUAUUGCGUAUUUUAUAGAAGGAAUUAACAGAUACUAUAACCUAUCAUCCGAUACAAAAUGGGUUCUCUUUGGGGGCUCAUACGCUGGUUCUUUGGUUGCAUGGGCAAGGAUGAAAUAUCCUCAUCUGGUCCAUGGUGCUGUCGCGUCAAGUGCUCCUCUUCUAGCUAAAACUGAUUUCCCUGAAUAUUUACAAGUUGUUGAAAGAUCUUUGAAAACCCACAGUCACAAGUGCGCAAAAAACAUAUACUUAGCGAACAGACGUUUGAAACGUGCCAUACGAACAAGCUCAGGUAGAAAACGAGUUUCCAAGAUGUUUAAAUUAUGCAGUAUUCUAAAAGAUGAUCGAGAUGAUAUUACCACAUUUUUCGAAGUAUUGACUGAUAAUAUAGCCAUAGCUGUGCAAUACGAUAAAAAAUUUAGUUCUACGAGUAUUAAGGAUGUUUGCCAUAUUAUGAACGAUGAUGAAAAAUCGCUGCUAGAAAGAUACGCAAAUGUGAAUAAAGAAUUUUUGAAAUUCUUCAAUGAAAGUUGUACCUCGCCCAAGUAUGCCGAUUUCAUCCAAUACUAUAAAGAGGACACUUAUGGAAAUGAUUCGCUGUCUUCACGCCUAUGGCUUUACCAGACAUGCUCUGAAUAUGGAUUUUAUCAAACAUCCAGCAAACCCAAAGAUUUAUUCGGUUCUGCUUUGCCAAUAGAUUACUUCAUUAAAACAUGCCAAGAUGUUUUUGGGACCGAAUUUAAUCGAGAUUUUAUAGAUGAUGCUGCGUAUCGUACGAAUGUGGAAUUCGGAGCUUUAAAAUUUAACACCAGCAAUGUAGUUUUUGUUCACGGGAGAAUAGAUCCGUGGCAUUCACUGGGAUUGUACAAUCAAUUUCAACCAGCUGCUCACAAAGUUAUCACUAUGAGUGGUACGUCUCAUUGCCGGGAUAUGUAUCCUUCUAAUACUAAAGAUGACAGUGAAGAAUUGGUGGAAGCUCGUCAAAAAAUUCUCGAUAUACUGAAAUCUUGGUUGGAGAAUGAAAAGAGCAGUUCGAGCUCAACGCAAGAGGUGGUUAAUAUCAAUCAAUAAACGCACAGUUAGAAAGUGACUGUUUGAAAUUCAUUCCAUGAAUUAAAAAAAUAUACCUAAUACAAUUUUCGUAAAAAAAUCGUGUAUUUUUGAAGUACCUAGCUACCUACCCACCUA